GCCAGGGCGUCGGGCGUCCGCGAGAUAGCCCGUGCGGGCUUCCACGCAGGGGCCUCGUGGGCGCAGUUGCCGAGGUGCCCCAUCGCGCCCGCGUGCCCUGCCUGCCCUUCCUACCCCGCGUGCUACUGCACUUGCGGGGAGGGGUUCAGCGAGUCGGGGCUGCCCGGCGGGGGCGGCGGCAGAGGCGGGCCGUCCUGGGUGGCCGGCGCGGUCGACGCGCAGUGCGACGCGCUCGCGGGCGCGCUGCGAGAGGCGGCUGAGGGCUGCGUCGGCUGGACGGCCGCGGCGAGCCUGGCGGUCCUCGCGCAGCUCGUGGGCUACGGUUUUGGGCGGCUGGUGACGCAGGUGCAGGACGCUCAAGGACGACCCUGGCACGAGCGGAUCCUGCUCUACCCAGCAACCAGUGAGGCCGCCGAGAGCGGCGGCCGCGGGGCUUGCUGGGUGGUGCUCAGCCCCGGCAUGGACAUGUACGUUGAGGAGUUGGAGGGAGGCUCGUUUGACGACGGCCCCGUGGAGUGGCUCGAGGUGCCUCGGGACCUGCGUCUGCCGGCGGGGUUCGGGCGCGCCUAUCGUUUCGACGCGUCGCCGAGUGACGCCGACAUGCGCGGCCUGUUCCGCAGAGCUUGCGCGGCGGCGCUAGCAGACGCAGAGUCGCGCAGGAUGGCGCUGGAUCCCUCUUCGACGAUCGGGAACUCUCUCGGGCGAGACGUCGCGGUCGAGGAUGCGCCGGGGGCCAACUUCUUCGGCGGGCGCCGCCUGGUGGGCAAGAGGCCGCCCACAGGCGCUGGCGCCGGCGCUGUGGGAGGCGUCGGCGAGCCGUUGGCUCACGCCGGCGAGGCAGCCGAGGGCGCUGGCGGAGGCGCGGCUGCUGUUGGAGGCACGGCGGCCCCCCGCUCGAGUGGGCUGGCAUGGCGGGCGGCGGAGUCGGACGAGCGCAGCCGCAUUGUGGUUGACGACGAGCUCGGAUCCCCCGCGCACGAGCGGCGCGGCAAGGGCCUGUUCCACGCUGGGCCAGGCCGCGGGGUGGUGGUGCACCUGGCGGGGUUGGACCAGGCUUCUCGGCUGGCGCCUCAGGGCCGCAGAGGGGGCGUCGCGGCGCUGGCGGCGAAGAGCGGGGCGCGCGGCCGCGGCAGAGAGUGGCGCGAGGUGGCGGGCGCCUGCGAGGAGAAGCUUUUCGGUGACUUCCCAGUGAGGGGCCCGCGGUCGGCGCGGUGGUGUCUCGACAUCUUGCGGCGCCGCCGCGCGUCGACCGACAGCCACCUCGUGCUCGAGACAACGGCGAGGCCCCAGUCGGAGCAGCGGGGCGUCCAGGAGCACGAGCAGCUCAUGAAAUAUACCGAGUUGGCCGGCACAUGCGGCCAGCUCGACUCGAGCAACUGCGCGCUCGCCGAGGCGGACUCGGCCAGCUCGAAGGACAAGAUGAGCCCUCAGGAGUACUCGGCGUUCAGCGGUUUCAGCGCGGCAGGAGACUUGCUGAUGGUCGCGCCAGCUCGCCUCGAGUUCGCGGAGGGCCAGGUCGAGAAGGACGCAGCCAUCAUGGAGAACAUCAGGAAG